GGUACACUCACGUGCGUGUAUACGUCCGUGUGUGGCAUGGCCUGGCAUGUGCGUAUUCAUGCAUCCGUCGAUGGUCUGCGUAGGUGGCCAGCCGGGCCUGUCUGUCUAUCUUUCCCCCACGCAACACAUGGCUGUAGGUCCAUUACAGGGAAGUGAAGGGCAUACACACAUACAUGCGGAUCAUAGAUAGAUGGAACACGCUUUAUCCAGACCAUAUCCAGACGAUGGACUGAGGAAAGGGUGUCUGUCUGUCUGUCUAUGAUUGCCUGAGGGACAUUAAGAAAUUCCUGCUCGCACUGCUUCGCGAAGCAGCACCGAAUGCUACGACACAGCACACACACACACACACACAAUCCGCUCCGCUCCCUGGUCUUUCGGCCAUCGGUCCGUCCGUCUGUCUGUUUGUCGUCUUACAUGAGGAUCUCGAUCUGCCGUCGGUUGUUCCCCCUUUUGACCUGUGAGCCCUCAUUGCGGGACAGCCCCACGUUGUGCGCACCUUUCUCCCUCGACAGCUGCACACACGAACACACACACAACGCACCCGAGAUGUCCACAAAGAUUGAGACGGAUAGGGUGGCACUAUCAGCUGGGCUGGCAGUGUAUGUGACCGAUCUGCCCAGCCUGUCCAUAUUGCUCUUGAUCUCCUUCAAGUACUGCUCCACCUGUGUGAAGGAAAGAUCGCCAUGUCUCUCUCUCUCCCUCUGUGCCUCCCCUCUGUCUCCGUGUCAGUCAGUGAAUGAGUGAGUGGUCGACCGUUUGUUCGAACUGCUGUUUGUGGUUGUCUCUGCUGUCUGCCUUUGACAGUGAGCUCUCGAGAGGGAAGGGGUCCUCCGGCCCUCCAGCAUCGACAUAGCGCUCGAUGCUGUCCUCACCCUCGCUGCACGACAUCUCAAGCACCUGACCCACCAGACAAACACACUCACACACACACAUGGGCAGACAGAGGCUACGUGUGUCUCAUGGCCGAUGUCUUGCAGACACUGACCGACCUGUUUGCCCCCGGCCGGCCCAAUGUCAGAGUCGUUGAAGGCGAGGGGCUCGUCGAAUGCCAUCGCCUCUAUGUACCGAACCAACACGCGCGGCGGCAUCUGGGCCUCCGUCGACACGAUCUGUGUGUGGAUGGAUGACAAACCGACAGACAGGCAGGCAGGCAGACAGACAGACAGCCGUGAUGGAAUGUGUCCAUCCAUCCAUCCAUCCAUCCAAUGAAUGUGCGUACCAAUCGUGCUCUGCCCAUCCUUGCCAGCGCCCCUACAUUCGCGAGGACGAGUGCAUAGCUGUUGGCCAGCUGGGCUAUCAGCAAGUUCAGCAUCACCAGCACGGCUGCCGUCACAAACACAAUGAGCAGCACCUGCAGAAAAAGGUCACGGUGCGCGCCGCGCAGGUCGGGACGCCUACACACACAGACACACACAGAGAGACAGACAGAGAAGGAGACAUUCGAUCCAUGUGUGUGUGUGUAUUCGCCGGCCCACCACAGGUUGAGCAUUAGGCUGUAGAGUGUGAGGAAGGUGGUGCCCAUGUUGUCAAAGUCAUCUUGCAGGGCCGGUCCUCCCUGCACCCAUCCAUCCAUCCAUCCACAGGCGGCCUCACACCCACACUACCUGUGUCGUGAAUAUAUCGAUGCCUGUGCUGAAUGCGAGCAGCAGGACCACCAUGACGGCGACGAGUUUGAACACGUCCUGGAGCAGCGCUAUGAUGGCGUUGAAAAAAGCCGCCAAUGUUUGCCACACACCGAACGACUCAAUCACCAACAGAACCAUCAUGCCGCCUGCACACGACACACAGAGCUUCUCACUGUCAGACAGACAUAAGAGUGUGGCUCACCAGCCGACGCGCUGACGACUUGCCACUGAUAAAAGUGUUCAAAGAAGGAAAGAAAUCCCGCAUGGCCGCCCGCUGGCAACGAGUCGAUGGUCUGCAUCCACACACGUGUGGUCGGACACACACACUGUGGUUGUCACGCUCGUGUGCGUACUCUCGAGGCGUGCUGGGUGGAAAGAAAGAAAGGGUCCAGACCGGCAGCCCAGAAGAGAAACAAACUACUCACACACACACACACACACACAGGGACACAGACGUGUGGCUGUCUGUCUGUCUGUCUGUCUGUGACUCUGUGUGUGACCUGAGAAGGAGUCUGAGGACGUUCCAUGUGUUUGUAAGAUGGUAGGGGACCCGCACACCAAACACACCGACAAUCGUCUCACCGUGCUGCAGCUGACCUGCAGACAGACAGACACACACACAGAGGUAGAUAAGAUACACGCCCAGACAGACAGACAGACAGACAGACAGGCGUGCAUUGGUCUCUCCCUCCUCCCUCCGUCUCUUUGUUUCUAUUUGUCUAACUCGUGGCCACAUGGACGUGUUGGCAUGUGUAGAUGAGCGUGAGCACCCAGGCCAGCACCCGACACACAAAACUGGCCAGGGGGUAGUGGCGAGACAGCAACGUAUAGCCAGAGGGGAACAGCACCAGCUGCAUGACACACCAAACACCACACGCCGUACCAUACCAUAGCAGCCAGCCAGCAGGUUGGUUGGAACAUCUGAGGGCCUACCUGCAGCAGGUAGAUGCCCUGUAUCCACAGAAACUUGGACCUGCCGUACAGAUACCACUUCUUGUCCACAAUGAACUUCAACACUGACGACAGACGUAAGCACACAAGACGACCGACGUCUGUCUCCCUGUCUCUCGCUGUCUCUCUCUUUCCUUCUCUCCCUCUCUAUGUGUCUGUGUGUGUGUCCCCGUCUGUCUGUUUCGCCCACCAGGGUGCAGGAAGAGCUCUGCGUGUCCCUGUCUGACCAGUAGUCCAAGCGGCGACUGCCACGCAGAGCUGCCCUUCGGACAGCCCCAUAACUCACGGACCUAUAUCGAAAUGCACACGCCACCCACCCACCCACACACAUAACGCACACAAUGCAAUGCAGUUUCCAUCAGGAACUUACGUAGUAGUUGACUUUUCUGUAUCCGUUGAGUAUUUGGUCUGACCGCCAAAUGUGUCCGUCCAGCAGGUCCGGCAGCAGGGAGGGCGCAAGUUCUUGCACAGCAUCUGAAUGAUGUCGGGGUGGUGCUUCCACAGCUCGUCCCUCCUAUAGUAGAAGAACGAUCUGUCUGCGCGGAUGGCCAGCAAGUCCCGCAAAAUGACGCGAGCCAUCUGCACCUUGCCCUCGUUAAUCGCCCUGAUCACGCCGACCAAGAAGAAAUACAAAGCGAAUGCACACUUGUAUGUUGUCGGCUUGUGUGCUGGAUCGACUUCCUCACCAAUACAGGGGCGAGACAUGCUCCCCAUUCACUUCCACAGAGCACGCCCAGAGAGCACGCUUGUUGCGGGGAGCCUCACACAGUGCCAACUGCGAGAGACAGAAAGACGGUGGGUGUGUGGCUGAAUGUAUGUACCACAUCUUCUUUGCCAGUACUCUCAUGUCGUCAGCGCUGCCGCAUAUGAGAGUCCUGGUACACGCAGUUAAGUUGGUACUUGACGUAUG